AUGAAUGAAGGAAAUAUAAAUGGAACAAAUGGAUGCAGUAAAGUUCGAACUGGUACUCAGAAUGAAGCAGCAUUACUUGCUUUGAUGGAAAAGACUGGUUACAACAUGGUUCAAGAAAAUGGGCAAAGGAAAUUUGGUGGUCCUCCUCCAGGUUGGGAAGGUCCACCUCCACCUAGGGGCUGUGAAGUUUUUGUAGGAAAAAUACCUCGUGAUAUGUAUGAAGAUGAGUUAGUUCCUGUAUUUGAAAGAGCUGGGAAGAUUUAUGAAUUUAGACUUAUGAUGGAAUUUAGUGGUGAAAAUCGAGGUUAUGCUUUUGUGAUGUACACUACAAAAGAAGAUGCUCAGUUAGCCAUCAGGAUUCUUAAUAAUUAUGAGAUUCGACCAGGGAAGUUUAUUGGUGUGUGUGUAAGCUUGGAUAAUUGUAGAUUAUUUAUUGGAGCCAUUCCCAAGGAAAAAAAGAAAGAAGAAAUUUUAGAUGAAAUGAAGAAAGUUACAGAAGGAGUUGUAGAUGUCAUCGUUUAUCCAAGUGCAACUGAUAAGACCAAAAAUCGUGGUUUUGCGUUUGUUGAAUAUGAAUCUCACAGAGCUGCUGCUAUGGCUAGAAGAAAAUUAAUUCCAGGAACUUUCCAACUAUGGGGCCAUACCAUUCAGGUAGAUUGGGCUGAUCCAGAGAAAGAGGUUGAUGAGGAAACCAUGCAGAGAGUUAAAGUUCUCUAUGUAAGAAAUUUAAUGAUCUCAACUACAGAGGAAACGAUUAAAGCAGAAUUCAACAAGUUUAAGUCUGGUGCAGUUGAACGAGUAAAGAAACUUAGAGAUUAUGCUUUUGUUCACUUUUUCAACCGAGAAGAUGCAGUGGCUGCUAUGUCUGUUAUGAAUGGAAAAUGCAUUGAUGGAGCAAGUAUUGAGGUAACACUGGCAAAACCAGUAAAUAAAGAAAACUCUUGGAGACAGCAUCUUAAUGGUCAGAUUAUCCCCAAUUCUGAAAACCUGAUUGUUUUUGCUAACAAAGAAGAGAGCCACCCAAAAACUUUAGGCAAGCCACCAACUCUUCCUGCUCGUCUCAAUGGUCAGCAUAGCCCAAGCCCCACUGAAAUUGAAAGAUGCACUUACCCUUUCUUUCCUGGGACAAAGCUUAGUCCAAUUAGUAUGUAUUCCUUAAAAUCUAGUCAUUUUAAUUCUGCAGUAAUGCAUUUGGAUUAUUACUGCAACAAAAAUAAUUGGGCACCGCCAGAAUAUUACUUAUAUUCAACAACAAGUCAAGAUGGGAAAGUACUCUUGGUAUAUAAAAUAGUCAUUCCAGCUAUUGCAAAUGGAUCUCAGAGUUACUUCAUGCCAGACAAACUCUGUACUACGUUAGAAGAUGCAAAGGAACUGGCAGCCCAGUUUACAUUACUUCAUUUGGACUACAAUAUCCAUCGCAGCUCAAUAAAUAGUCUUUCCCCUGUUAGUGCUACCCUCUCUUCUGGGACUCCCAGCGUGCUUCCUUAUACUUCAAGGCCUUAUUCUUAUCCAAGCUAUCCCUUGUCAUCAACUAUAUCACUUGCUAAUGGCAGCCAUGUUGGACAGCGGCUAUAUAUCUCCAAUCAGUCCUCAUUCUUCUGA